AUGUGCGCCUUGGCGGAGUUCUCGGGCGCAGUCAAGAAGGUGUUCGCCCAAACUCCUGGCAUCGACUCCAUGCCGGGCGAGGGCGAGAACAAGUACGUGGUGACGCGUGUACGACCUGAAGACUUGGAAGCCGGUCGACAUCGAGGUCGACGAGCGGCUCCCAGGGAACCCAAGCGGCAGCGGCCUGCUGGGCUGCGGCCCGAGCGCGUCUGGGGACCUGUGGGCACCCUACAUCGAGAAGGCGUGCGCCAUCCACUGCGGAGGAUGGGACAAGAUCAAUGGCGGCCAGUGCACGCACGCCUGGCGCAUGCUCACGGGCUGCAGAGAUCAGUACACCUUCAUGCCGGACGCCAGCGUCAAUGUACGGCUGCUUCGGGGCCAUUGAACCCCAACACCCACGAGUGGGAGGAGCUCGCCAACUCGCCGCACGACGGAUUCCGCGGCCUGUGGCCCCACCCGUGGCCCGAAGUGGGCGGCGGCGGCGGCCUGAUGCACAAGAUCGACUCGGACGAGAUGUUCGAGCGCAUGUGUGCGUUUGACGACGAGAACUACAUCAUGGGUGCGGGCACCAAGGCCGGCUCGGACACGCAGGACACCGACGGCAUCGUGGAUGGCCGCGCCUACACGAUCAUGGAUUGCGUCAACAACGCGGGGGGCACGGAGUUCGAUUUGAUCAAGGUGCGCAACCCGUGGGGCCAGGGCGAGUUCAAGUCGGGCAUGUGGGACGACGAUGGCCCUGGCUGGACGCAGUACCCUCAGGUUAAGGAAGCCCUGAAACCUGUGGCGGCCGAUGAGCGUGUGUUUUCUUGGUUGACAAAGAGGAGUUCUUCAAAUACUUCAAGACCAUCUACGUGUGCGCGAAGAACAUGA